AUGUCGUCUAAUAUUCAAGUGGUAGUACGGUGCCGAGGUAGGAAUUCUCGAGAGGUUACGGCGAAAUCUCCCCUUAUUGUUGACCUACCUAAUGAUACAUACUCGGUUUCCAAUCCCACGAUAACCGUGAACCAAGACCAGCAAUUUUCCACGUUUAUUAAUUCCAUGAAUUCCAAAACAUACACUGUUGACCAGGUAUAUGGGUCUCAAGCUGACCAGCUGUUAUUAUUUGACAAAGUGGCGAUGCCGCUUUUCAAUGACUUCAUCAAUGGGUUCAAUGUGACGAUACUAGCGUAUGGGCAGACGGGUACGGGAAAGACAUAUACAAUGUGUGGUAAUUGUAAUACAGAAGAUGCAGUAGGUAAAUUGGAGUCUUACAACCCUCUGCUCAAUGAAAUGGCGGGUAUAAUUCCUAGGACCUUAAACGAACUUUUCAAAUCGUUGGAGAGCGAUUCUGGUGCAAACGAUUACGUGGUGAAGUGUUCCUUUAUUGAGUUAUAUAACGAAGAUUUGAAAGACUUGUUAAAUGAUGAUACCGAUAGAAAUAGAUUGAGAAUGUUUGAAUCAAAGAAGCCAAAUAGUGACACGUUAAUUAUUCAGAAUUUGCAAGAAACCUAUAUUAAUAGUGCCAUUGACGGUUUAAACAUAUUACGAAAGGGCCUAAUUAAGCGGAAGACAGCUAGUACUAAACUAAAUGAUGUAUCUUCCAGAUCUCAUACGAUAUUUACGGUUAAUCUAUAUAAGAAGCAAGGUAAUGAAUUCUUCAAGGUUUCUAAAAUGAAUUUAGUUGAUUUGGCUGGAUCUGAAAAUAUCAAUAGGUCGGGCGCUGUCAACCAGCGGGCCAAAGAAGCAGGCCUUAUUAACCAAAGUUUAUUAACUUUAGGCAGAGUGAUCAAUUCGUUAAGUGAUAGGAGCUUAUCGGCCUCUAAUACGUCACAUAUUCCUUAUAGAGAAUCUAAAUUGACAAGGCUUCUUCAGGACUCUAUUGGAGGUCAAACAAAAACUGCUUUAAUUGCAACCAUUUCACCAGCUAAAAUUAACUUAGAAGAAACGGUCUCUACAUUGGAAUAUGCUUCUCGAGCGAAAAACAUACAAAACAAACCACAGUUGGGACAAGAUUGUGAUUUAAUGCUAAAGAAAAUCUUAUUAAAAGAUAUGUCAAAAGAAAUCACGAAACUAAAUAAAGACUUGAUUGCUACAAGAAAUAAGAAUGGUAUAUGGAUGGAUGAAAAUAAUUACAAUACAUUAAUUGAAAAUAAUGAUUUAAUUAAGGCUGAACUAAAGGAAUCUAACUCAAUAAUUAACGGAUUAAACAUGAAAAUUAGUCAAUUAUCUAACUUGAAAAAAACUACUGAAUUGAAUAACAAGAAUUAUAAAAGUAAAAUCAAUGAGUACCAGCUAAAAAUUAAGAGCUUGGAAAACAUUGAGACUAAUAAUAAAAAGCAGAUAUCUGACAAUGAUACGAUGAUAAGCACGUUGAAUGAUAAAUUAUUUAAAUUAAAUGAAAAUUACAAGUCAUCGAAACUACAGUUGACCCAGUUGAUUAACAAUAGUUUGAAUGAUUCAAUAUCGCAGAUCGAAAAUGUUGUUACUGAUUUGAAUAAUUCUAAAGAGAGUCAAAAUAAUAGCCUAAAUGCAAGUAUUAAAAGCAUUCAAAAUAACUUGCAGACCUGUAAGAAUAGCCUAUCGGAAACAAUAGCUUCAACGAAUACUGAAUUAAGCCAGUCUAUAGAUAAGAUUCCUAAAAUGAUGAGUGAUAUAAAUUCUAAUUUUCAUGAUUUUAAUGGUAUCGUCUCGGAUAAUGAAUCGAAAAUAAAAGCAAGUAUGUCAGACUUGAAAAUUGCCAAUGAUAAGUUUUCGGGAUACAUAACAGAAGAGCAUUUGGACUCACAAGCUUUAAACAAUGUCAUUAAUCAGAUAGUCUCCGAACGAGUUAACGAACAAUUGUCCUCGAUAAAAUCAAACAUGUUGAAUAAAUUUUCUAAAUUGCUAGAUGAUACACACCUUAAGCAUGAAAGUCUAUUUAAAGAUUCAGUCAACGAAGUUUCAUCUAAAUUUAUAAAUUUGGAGAGAAAUACCUUAUUGGAGAGGCAAUCUAAUUGGUUUCAUGAAUCAGAGAAGUUUUAUAACUCGAUUGAUAAGGACGCUACUUCAUUUAAAAAACAAUACCACGAUUUCAAUGACGAAAAUUCCCACAAAUUAUCUACUACGACCAACAAUAUCUCAUCAUUAAUUACAAAUACCAUCAAUCCAAACUUAGCUAAAAUCAACCAGAUAAUUGACAAAAACAAUUUACUGGAUGAUAUGCCCAAAUUAAAAUCUAUAAGUGAUUUGAUAAUAAAAAAAGAUGACAGAGUAUGUGAAUCAUUAAAUCACGUUAAUCAGAAUUUGAAUAGCCUUCAGUAUGACAUAACGUCAAACGAAGCUAAUGUUAUAAUGAAAUCACCAGUGCGAUCACCCAACAAAUCGCCUAUUAAACAUACAAAACCAUCACCUUUUAAGCAACUAAAUUCACCGACGAAGGAAUCUUCGUCCUCCCCUUCGAAACGGUUACCAAGUGCAAAAUCAUCCCCCUCCAAGAAAUCCCCUUUGAAAAGACAAUCAUCUUCGAUUGCAUUAAGCGUUAAUACUGACUUACAAAGAACUAAAAUCCCACAACUUAGUAGGUCUAAUUCAGAUAAGGAGAAUGUAUCGGCGGCCGCUUUCAAAAGAAGAAGAAUUAUUCAUGACGUAAAUACUACUCUUAAUAAGUAA